GAACUAGAAAAUGAAGAACCUACUGAGCCAAUUUAUACUACGAUUCAAGUUGGAAAUACCUUUUCUCAACUUAAUAAACAACUUAUAGCAAAUGUUAAAAUAGAAAAUGUUAACAAUCCUUUAAAUCCUCCUUCUCCAAAUAUAUUUAAACUAAUUCAACUAGAAAUAAAUGAAAUAAAAGACAAGAGAAAAGAAGCCCAGAAAGUUCCUAUACAUAUUACUGAGAAUAAAUCGACUUUUAUUAGAUAUACAUUAAAUAAUAGUCAACAACAAAUUAUAACACAACUACUUC